AUGAUAUUGGAAGACCAAAAUCAAGAAAGGGACUCAAAAGGAAGGGAGAAAACUCUUGACAAAGCAAGAAAGGGAGGGAAAGAGGAAUUUUUGCAAGACAACAAGAAAGGAAAGAAAGAAGUAAAGAAGGGUAGGGAUGCUGCGAAAGGCAGUCUGCACAACAUUAAGAAAGCCAAGAAAUUCUGUGAAGGAGAGUAUUUUGCUAAUGAUGAAGAAAAGAAGGAAGAGAGACAUCUACAAGGAACUCAAAGAUGGAGAAGAACUACCCAAGAAACAAAAGAAAUGAUGCAGAAUAUCAAGAUUCAGAUUAAGGGCUCAACAAGAAGUGAUGAAUCUGUCAUGAAAGGAAAGAAAGAUGGUUCAGAGGACGAGCUGGAGGAAGACAGGGGCAAAGGGCAACAAAAAUGGAGGAAGCAGGUAGAAUUGCCUACUUUUGAGGGGAUUGAUCCAAAGGGAUGGAUAUCCAAACCAGAGAAAGUUUUUUAG